AUGCCAUCUCCACCAUCCUUCUCUUCCUCCUCACACAUCCAAAACGAAAGAAUGAGUGAUCCCAUUAUUGUUGAUGAGCUCAACAACCAUAACUAUCGCUCAACAUUUUCUUCUUCUUGGACUCUAUUGAUGGACUUUUUUAAAGAAUUAUUUUCUUCAUCAUCAUCAUCUUUAAAACAAUCAAAAUGGUUUUCCAUGUAUUAUUUAUUUGAUUGGAUAUUAUCAUUGGUGGGAGUGGUUGUGAUUGAAUUGGUGUUUGGUGCAUAUUUUGGAGGGAUUGAACCACCACAACGAUACAAAGUCUAUAAAGAUAUUCCUGAUUCCACUAUUUCAUUUCCAAGUGUAGAAAGUAUUGUUCCAGAUUCCAUGCUCAUCUCUUUCAAUACACUCAUACCAAUAUUCAUGAUAUUAAUAUUUCAAAUUAAAUAUAAAAGUAUUCAUGAUAUUCAUCAUGGAAUAUUAACAUGGUUUGAAACAUUUUCAUUAACCAUUUGUGUGACUGAUGUGAUGAAAGUUGGAGCUGGAAGAUUGAGACCUGAUUUUUUGAGUCGAUGUGUGCCAUCACCAAUGGAUGGAACAUGCACCAAUGAUAAUCGUUCGUUGGUUCGAGAUGGUCAAUUAUCAUUUCCAAGUGGACAUUCUUCACUCAGCUUUGCAUGCAUGAUGUUUUGUGUCUUGUACAUGAUGAGCAAAUUUAAAUUAUAUAGUUCACCAUCUCCAUCCACAACAAUGAAAAGUAUCUCUCAUUAUGGUGCAAAUGCAUCUUUAUGGAAAUUACUACUCUGUCUAUCUCCAUUAGCACUUGCUUCCUUUAUUGCCAUUUCAAGAACAUUGGAUUAUCAUCACAAUUUUAGUGAUAUCUUGGGUGGAUGUGUCUUGGGAUUAUUCAUUGCACCAUGUUGUUAUUUCUUGAAUUAUCCAUCUCUCUUUUCAUGGAAUUGCGAUUUACCAUUGAAUCGAUAUAAUGUGAAUUUACAUUCAACGAGAUCAAUUGAUGGAGGAAACUUGUACGAUGAAGAAUAUGGUAUGAAAAAUACGAACAAGACGACCACCAUCACUUCAACCACUCGUCAUUAUGACGAUGAAAAUAAUACACUUGUCUUGUCCAAUAAUAAUGAGGGAACAAGUUCGAACUUGCAUACUCCUACAACAACGACAACCUACAAGAGAUCUCUCUCUGUACAAGACAAUGAUCAAGUUUAA